AGGGUGGGCAGUGUCUAGGCUGCCGCCAUGGUACUGUUUUAAUGACUGCCGUAUUAUAAUAGUUUAAUCGUUCUCCGGGCACAUCUGUUUUUAUUUUAGGCUUUUAAGAGAGUUUAAUUUUUUAUGUUUCACGUUUAUGUUAUAAAUAGAACAAACUGUUUAAGGGGGUCAAAGCACAGAGGUGCUAAAGGUCUUUGAGAACGUGACUCCUGGCUCGGUGCUCCAAAGAAACCCAGAUAUCCGGUUGGGUGAGGCUGUGAUCCGCAAAGAGGCGAAGAAGACUGGGCGGUCCGGCGCGCUACUGCAGAGAAGUGCCGUGACCCGGCUGGUCGGCUGAGGGUGGGGCGCACGGCCUUUGGGAGGGUGAGCGCCUCUGGGUCCCGUGCUGUCCCCGCGGCAGCGCGCUGGGCACUGGUCCUGAUGCAGCUGGAGCUGUCUCCGCGGAAGUCAUGGCGGGCCGCAGGGCGCCGGGGGAGAAGCGCUGGCAGCUGGUGCGCUGGUACAUGCAGGAAGGGCGGUUCCGAAUAGAAGAGAGGACGCUGACCGCCUUCCAGUGGCUCUAUAGCCCCCAGCAGCACAGAAUCCUCAGCCGAGCUGACCUCGAAUCUCCUUCCAGGAUCGACAAGACCAUGCUGGCCGGUCUGAAGGUCAAGAAGCAGGAGCUGGCCAACAGCUCGGAUGUGACCCUCCCAGAUCGGCCACUGUCCCCUCCUCUCACUGCACCCCCAACCAUGAAGUCUGCAGAGUUCUUCGAGAUGCUGGAGAAAAUGCAGGGGAUCAAGCUUGAAGAGCAGAGGCCAGGACCCCAGAAGAACAAGGAUGACUAUAUUCCAUACCCCAGCAUCGAAGAGGUUGUGGAGAAGGGAGGCCCAUAUCCUCUGAUCAUCCUUCCCCAGUUUGGGGGCUACUGGAUUGAGGACCCAGAGAACGUGGGUACUCCAACAUCACUGGGCAGCAGCGUUUAUGAGGAGGAGGAAGAGGACAGUCUGAGCCCCAACACGUUCGGCUACAAGCUUGAGUGCAGGGGUGAAGCCAGAGCCUACCGCAGGCACUUCCUAGGCAAGGAUCAUCUAAACUUUUACUGUACUGGCAGCAGCUUGGGGAACUUGAUCCUGUCCAUCAAAUGUGAGGAAGCUGAGGGCAUCGAGUACCUUCGGAUCAUCCUCAGGUCCAAACUGAAGACUGUGCAUGAGCGGAUUCCCUUGGCUGGACUGAGCAAGUUGCCCAGUGUCCCUCAGAUUGCCAAGGCUUUCUGUGAUGACGCAGUGGGGCUGAAAUUCAAUCCUGUCCUGUACCCCAAGGCCUCUCAGAUGAUUGUGUCCUAUGAUGAGCAUGAUGUCAACAACACUUUCAAGUUUGGGGUUAUUUACCAAAAAGCCAGGCAGACCCUUGAGGAAGAGCUCUUCAGGAACAAUGAGGAGAGCCCAGCUUUCAAGGAGUUUUUGAAUCUCCUGGGGGACACCAUCACACUGCAGGACUUCAAAGGUUUCCGAGGAGGCCUGGAUGUGACCCACGGACAGACAGGGGUGGAGUCGGUGUACACCACUUUCCGGGACCGGGAGAUCAUGUUCCAUGUCUCUACCAAGCUGCCCUUCACAGAUGGUGACACCCAGCAGCUGCAGAGAAAACGACACAUUGGUAAUGACAUUGUGGCCAUCAUCUUCCAAGAGGAAAACACACCGUUUGUCCCAGAUAUGAUUGCGUCAAACUUCUUACAUGCCUACAUAGUUGUUCAGGCUGAGAGCCUGGGCACAGAGACCCCAUCCUACAAGGUGUCAGUCACUGCAAGGGAGGAUGUGCCUGCCUUUGGCCCCCCUCUGCCAAGCCCACCUGUUUUCCAGAAGGGUGCAGAAUUCCGGGAGUUUCUGCUCACCAAGCUCACAAACGCAGAAAAUGCUUGCUGCAAGUCGGACAAGUUCGCCAAGCUGGAGGACCGGACGAGGGCUGCUCUGCUGGACAACCUCCAUGAUGAACUCCACACACACACUCAGGUCAUGCUAGGCCUGGGCCCUGAGGAAGACAAGUUUGAGAAUGGGGGCCAUGGAGGAUUCUUGGAGUCUUUUAAGAGAGCCAUCCGUGUUCGCAGCCAUUCCAUGGAGACCAUGGUGGGUAGCCAGAGGAAGCUGCAUGGUGGGAACAUUCCUGGCAGCCUCAGUGGGGGUAUUGUCCACAACAACAUGGAGGUCACCAAGACCACCUUCUCACCUCCGGUGGCCGCAGCAACCGUGAAGAACCAGUCACGGAGCCCCAUCAAGCGGCGGUCUGGACUCUUCCCCCGACUGCACUCGGGCUCUGAAGGCCAGGGGGACAGCCGGACACGAUGUGACAGUGUCUCCAGCACUCCCAAAACCCCGGAUGGUGGACACUCUUCUCAGGAGAUAAAGUCUGAGACCUCGUCAAAUCCCAGCUCUCCAGAAAUCUGUCCCAACAAAGAGAAGCCCUUCAUAAAGUUGAAGGAGAAUGGCCGUGCCAACAUUUCCCGUUCCUCCUCCAGCACCAGCAGCUUCAGCAGUACCGCAGGGGAGGGUGAGGCCAUGGAGGAGUGUGACAGUGGGAGCAGCCAGCCAUCCACAACCUCACCCUUCAAGCAGGAGGUGUUUGCCUACAGCCCGUCCCCGGGCAGCGAGAGCCCCAGCGUGGGAGCUGCUGCCACCCCAAUCAUCAUGAGCCGGAGUCCCACAGAUGCCAAAAGCAGAAACUCCCCGAGGUCAAACCUGAAAUUCCGCUUUGAUAAACUCAGCCAUGCUAGCUCCAGUGCGCAGGGUCACUAAUGGGAAAGCGGAGUCCUCCCCUGUCCAAGUGCUUGUUCUCCGUCUCCCCUUUCUUAUAUCCUCAGGGAAGUCUUGAUUCUGGCCUGCAGAAGGCUCCUAUCCCAGCGGUUUGGGGGUGCCAUCCACUACUCUGACCAUUCAGGCCUGCUGUCUCAGUGGCCACCUGCCCAGCAGACCAGCUGGCUCCUUCUCCACAGACCUGAAAGCCCCAACCUCUGCUCCUGACCUCCGGAUGUGACCGGCUAUCUAAGUCAACUGUCAUCUUGUUUUACCUGCUGGAAAAGAGUUGGGCAAGGGGGAUUCUGGUUCCCAGGGGGCUCAGUGACAAGUUGGGGAGCUCGCCUGCUCCAGAGACAGAGGGGGUUGUGUGGUGAGGAGCAGAGAUGACUGCAGAAUGUCACAGUGCAGUGCCUUCCUGGACAUGGCGGAAGGGCUGCUUUUCAGGAAUUUCCCAGCAUCCUCCAGGCUGUAUCUCACUGCUCCUGUGAUAAGCACUUCUGACACAUCUGUAGGCCCAGGCCUAGGGGCCACUAUUCCUGCUGCUAGGGUCUCCUUACGGAGGGCUCAGGCUGGUGGAAGCUCAGAAUCAGAGCCGGUUGUGUGUGGGAUCUGGCUGCAUGCUUCCUUGACUAAGGUCUCAAGGGUUUUCCUUUCUCGUUUUACACAAGCUGCUGAUCAUUCUCACAGUGAGAGAAGCCCUGGUAGCUUUUCCCUUUGAGUGGAUAUUUUCCCUAUGAUCGAGUGGACAUCUGGGAGUGUGAGGAGUCUAGGGCGAACGCACGGCCAGCGCAGGGACUUUUGUUGGUUGAGGAAAGCUUCUAAAUGGGCAGGCUCAUCUGGAGUCCAGCUCUGCACUUCUGUGAGAAUUCAGAAAAUGCAUAGCUCAGUCCAUCUCUUGUGUGAGACAGAGGGGAGAGAUGUAGUGUGGGUGACUUGACAAGUUGUGGUCAGGGCGGUAUGUGCCAGCUGAACUUAGCAUUGGGAACAGUAUGAUGCCCCUCCAUCCCCGUGAACUUCUAGGCUCAGCCCCCAGUCCUGUUCUUCCCAUCUCCAUUUGCAGGCCUCCAGGAAGUUAUCCCAUCUGCAGGGCUCCUGAAGCCAGGCCCCAUGAGCCUGCGCUUUAUACACCACAGACCAUCUGCACCCGUAGCCGUGGCCGCCUUCCCUGGGUGAGCCUGCUCAUCCUGAAGGCUCCCUUUGGCUCCUCAGCCUUCUGGGUUUGCAGAGCGGUUCAGCUGCUGGGUAUGGGGUGGAGUGUCUGCCAGGCUAAACACGGAGUCUAAGCAACAGGCACUUGAAGAUCCCGCCCCAUUAAGUACACAUAGGUCCCUGGCACAGGGCUGCUCUGGUUCUCUGCUCCUGCUUCAGUGAGCAGAUGACAAGAUUUCCCCACCAAGUGCUUUGUCUGCUUAGGCUUCUCUUCCCAAGCCAGAGUACAGAAGGGCGACACGGCCUCUGGGGCUGUAUUGUAACUUUGUCCCCGCUGCUUUUGUCAUCGGAGCACAGUUUUGAUCCUUCGUUCCCCACACACUUACUUGCAGCCUUCACUCCACUUGGGAAACCUGCUCAUGUGAAAUACUAGUCUGGCAAGGUUUGUUCUAGUUAGAAGGUCAACAGAAUGUCUAUUUAGCUUUUAUUAAAAGCCAGCCUAGCGGCACCCACUGCUGGAAGAAGGCGGGUGGAUCCUGGCUGUGUUCUGCUGGCAGGAGUCUAUUUGAACUUGAAAGGUCAAACUGUGUUUUCUUUGAAACCACUGCAGGACUCUGGCUCCCUUCUCUAGGUGGGAUGGUUUUACCUUUGCUUGGUGGUUGUGCUGUGUUGUUUUAUGGUCUGGUCCUCAGGAGCUUCCAGGUUAUCCAGCACUGUCAUAGCCGGAGUCCUGUCCCCACUGCUUGCCUGUUUCUCUGCAGGCAUGGCCUCUAGGCCACGUGUUGCCUCUGCUUCUGGGCCGGGGGGCAGGAUGGAUGACUGUAGAGGAACUGAGAGGCACCGGGCUGUGGUCUUCAUCUUUGGUUUGCUGCUGAGAUACUCUGGGCAGGAUCUGAGAUGCUCCUGUCCUCUGGUCAUGCCUCUCUAUCUGGCAGGUCCAUCUCGCGGCUUCCAGCGUCUGUGCCACCAGUCCAGCUGGAGUUCUCUGCUGAGCAGGAGAGUGGUGGCAGGGCCUGGCCUCCUCUGAGCCCUCUGGAUGGGAGGCUGUCCCCCGCCCUCCACUCUGAUCCACUUUUUCCUUCUGUGGUUGUUCCCAGUCUUAGGUUUUAGAGUCUUGCUGAAGUUCCUUCAUGCGACUGGGUCUGUGUAGAUGAAGCUUCUGCUUGUCUGUGGGGUUCCACUGUUACCCCCACUAGGGGUUCUCCUGGUCACAAGUCUGGCUCUGGGGAUUGCAGACUCACUGAAGAAACUAUAUCUUGCAGGUGUUAAUAGGCCCCCAGAUGCCUCCAGCUCUGUUGAUACAUCAAACCAGAUAGAAGAUCUUAGCCAGAGUUUCUGUCUGUGAUUUUUGAAUGUCAAAUGGUGUUUCUUGGAAAAUAACCUGUGGUUUAGUUUUGUGGGCACCAUUUGAUACUCAAGCCUUCUGGACUGUUUACAUCUCAUCCAACCAUCUCAUCCUCCCGAUGAGCAGAAAGAACUUGGCUGAAGCCACACUGCCACCUAGUGGGCAAAGCUGUUACUAAACUCAGAGCCUCGGGCCCUUUGCUGUGUACCAACUGUACUUACUGUUGGUGGAGUAAACAGUUGCACUUCCUAGGCCUGGGUUUGGGGGAAGCCUGUUAGCUGGGGUUUCUACCCUGGCAGGGAGGUGCCUGGUUGGAGGAGGGUAUUGAUAGGGUCUCAACCGUGCCUAGUUUUCAUCAUGAAAAAUCUUGGUCAGUGAGACAUCUGGGGCUUGAGUGAAGGAAAUGGAUGGGGAAGGACUUCAGCAAAGUGCUUCUUGGGUCUUCAGUGACGGGGCAAAGUGACCUGGACAUAGAUGCAUUAGAUACUGCUGGUUUCAUUGUUCUCAAUCAGGACAGAGAGUGAUAAAAGGAACUAAUUCUCUGAUCUAUCUUCUCUUCCUUGCUUUCUCUAUCCUUCCCUCUUUUUGGCGGUGCUGGGAAUGAACCCAAAGGCCCUACUCAUGCUGAGCGAGCCAAUACCCUGCCCUGAGCUAUACCCCAGGCCUCUCCAGAUCAGGUGACUAGGCAGGACACAGGUGGUUUCAUUUUCCUUCCUUUGACCCUUUCAGGUGCCAACUCAAACAUUACCUUUUGUCCAUUGUUUCUUAGUCUGCAAAGACAGUUGUGUUGUGGGGGAGUGCCUGGGGUUCAGAUAGAGCUUAUGGCUUCUGGGCCAGCAGUGACCAGGUUAGUCAGCCAUGCUCUGGACCCCCAUGCUCUUUGCCCAGCUUCUAGUUACCCCUCAAUCAAAGGCACGGCAGGUUGGCACAGUGCACAAGGCUGUUCCUACCCCUUGGUAGAGGGCCUUGGAGGCAUCCUGCCAGCUCGGGUGUCUGUUUCACCACCAGCUCCUUGCUCACACCAACCCCAUGUCUCUUCAGCUGGGCUGUGCUCUCCCUUGGGAGAAAGACAGCCCCAGAGCCCAGGGCAGUCUGCCUAGUGAACAGCAGCUGGGAAAGUGGCCUUGGCCUGGGCCUUACCAUCCCUGGGGAGGGUGUGGUUGGCUGGAAGACUGGAAUUAGUUGCCAUUGUCUUUGGUUUUGUGACAUUUCCACUCGGAAGGGUGACAUUCCCCUUCUCGUUCCUUAGCGUGUAUGCCAACUCUUCCUCCUUGUAAUGUCACCUUGACCUCCAGCUCCCAGGGUGCCGAUGUCUCCACGUGAAGAGAUGCCUGUGUAGAACCUAUGAGGUGUAGUUUGGAAGUGAACCCUGUGACGAUGACUUUUCUUUGCUUCCUCUCAGUGAGGAGGCGAUUUGUAGAUCCCGACUGCCUAUGUAAUGUAAAUAGUGUACAUUUAAUUUAUUGCUAUGGUAGCACAUUGUAUUUGUUAAUGUAUAAAACAAAUUCUAAAAGGUUGACAAAUGUAUAUUUUGUUGCUUAAAUGUGUCUUUGCAGAAAUUGACAAUAAAUGAUAACAUAUUUUGUGUCCA